AUGUCUAACAUUCCCUCCGAGCCCGAGUUCGAGCAGGCUCACAAAGAGCUGGUGAGCACCCUCGAGAACAGCUCUCUCUUCGAGAAGAACCCAGAUUACCGCAGGGCCCUGAGCGUGGUCUCAAUCCCGGAGCGGAUCAUCCAGUUCCGCGUCACCUGGGAGGACGACAAGGGCAACCUGCAGGUCAACCGCGGCUACCGUGUCCAGUACAACUCGGCGCUGGGCCCGUACAAGGGCGGCCUGCGGCUUCACCCUACCGUCAACCUGUCCAUCCUGAAGUUUCUGGGUUUUGAGCAGACCUUCAAAAAUGCCUUGACAGGAUUGAACAUGGGCGGUGGCAAGGGAGGAGCUGAUUUCGACCCCAAGGGCAAAAGCGAAAACGAGAUCCGCAAGUUCUGCGACGCUUUCAUGCGCAAGCUGUGCCACCAUAUCGGUGCAGAGACGGAUGUCCCUGCUGGUGACAUUGGUGUCGGAGGGCGUGAGGUCGGCUUCAUGUUUGGCACGUACCGCCGGGAGAAGAACAAGUGGGAAGGUAUUAUGACGGGCAAGGGCUUGACUUGGGGUGGCAGUCUGAUUAGACCUGAGGCAACUGGUUACGGAGUCGUCUACUAUGUCGAGCACAUGAUAAAGUACGUUGGCAAGGGAAGCUUCCAGGGCAAACGUGUCGCCAUCUCUGGAUCCGGCAACGUUGCCCAAUACGCCGCACUGAAGUGCAUGGAGCUUGGAGCCACGGUCGUCUCGCUCUCAGACUCCAAUGGCUGCCUAAUCGCCGAGGGUGAUGCGGCUUUUACGCCCGAACAUGUUGAGGAGAUUGCCGCUGUCAAGCUGGCGCGCAAGCCGCUCACUGAGUUCAAGAGCAAGUCGUCGUACAAGUACGUCGAGGGCGCGCGCCCUUGGACACACGUAAGCAAGGUUGAUAUAGCACUUCCCUGCGCGACGCAAAACGAGGUGUCCCGCGAAGAGGCCGAGGCCCUCGUCUCGAGCGGUGCCCUCUUUGUCGCCGAGGGCUCCAACAUGGGCUGCACCCAAGAGGCAAUCGACGUGUUCGAGGGUGUGCGUCGCGAGAAGGGCAAGGAGGCCGUCUGGUACGCGCCCGGCAAGGCGUCGAACUGUGGCGGUGUCGCCGUCUCCGGCUUGGAGAUGGCCCAGAACAGCCAGCGCCUCAGCUGGACGAGCGAGGAGGUCGACGAGAAGCUCAAGGGGAUCAUGAAGAACGCGUUCGAGAACGGGCUGAACACCGCCAAGGAGUACGUCGAGGCGAAGGAGGGCGAGCUCCCCAGUCUGGUGGCGGGCAGCAACAUCGCCGGCUUCGUCAAGGUCAUAAGGGCCAUGCACGACCAGGGCGACUGGUGGUGA